AUGGCUGCAUCUGACCUCGUUGCACCGGUGCACCGUCGCCGCAUCCAUCCUGGCACCAGAGCCACCCCGAAUCCAGCAUGGGGUCCUGAAGAUUUGUCCCGUGUCUCGCAAGGGACGGGACCUUUCAUCUUCCAUCUGACCUCGGACAAUCCGUAUCUCAACCUCUCGAUCGAGCACUUUCUGCUUACCAAGUCACAUCCCGACUCACACAUCCUCCUGUUCUACACCAACAGACCUUGUGUGGUUAUCGGCCGCAACCAGAACCCAUGGCUCGAGGCGGAUCUCAAGAGGUUGCAGGCGGGGCUCCCUGUUGAAAAGCAAGUAGUGGAAGCGGUCAAAAGAGGUGGCGAGAACAAUGUGUCAACAAACGCUGUGCCCAUUGACCUUGUCCGGCGCCGCAGCGGAGGCGGCACUGUCUUCCACGACUCGGGGAAUCUCAAUUAUUCAGUGAUUGUCCCGAACACCAAGGCUUUUAAGAGAAGCACCCAUGCUGAAAUGGUAGUGCGGGGGCUUGAAAGCCUUGCAAGUGCUAGAGCUACAUCCUCGUCGUCGGCAGUCACAGAUGAAAGGUACAGCUUUGGAGCGGUCCGGGUCAACGACCGCAAUGACAUUGUCAUGCUCCAGCCCGACGGGGGGGAGUGGUUGAAAGUUAGCGGAAGUGCCUACAAAUUGACCCGAGGCCGCGCUCUCCAUCAUGGGACCUUGCUCUACUCCAGCCCGUACGUGAACAAAAUCUCUGCGUUUUUGCGAAGCCCCGGUCGUGGCCUGAUCAGCGCCAAAGGCGUAGAGAGUGUGCGCAGCAAAGUCGGGAAUCUCGCGUGGACGCCAGACCCCCGCGAGAGGGAGGCGAUCAGAGCAGAGAUCACGGAAGCCAUCACAAGGGAAUUCUGGAAGAUGUACCGAGAGGACAGUGUUCGCAGACCCGGGGUUGAUGAGUUCACUCUCCCAGGCGGUACGGAGGAGUACGAUGAGCUGAAUCCUGCGGUGGCAACGGGCAUGCAAGAACUCAUUUCGCCGAGUUGGAUCUUCGAACAGACUCCAAUAUUCGAUUUUGCCAGCGGCAUGCUGGAGCAACACGAGGUCCAACUCUGCGCAAACCGCGGCGUCUUGAAAACCUUGACGCUGCGAAGCCCAACGCCAGAUCCGGAGCAGUGCGGGAAUGAUGUGGUCUGGGCAACGCGGAAAUUACAAUUCGGGAAUCAGGCAAGAACUGUGGGCAUGCGUACGGAACAAAGAGUGGAUGUGGCGGAGGCGGAAGUGCUGGACCAAGAGAUCAGGCUGCACAAUGUGGCAAGUUGGCGGGAUCUUCUUGAAACUGAUUCUGGCAAGGAUGCGAAAGAUAUGGCGAGCUCGACGACCACGACCGCAUCGCAGCCGAAUGUGCCGGAUGCGCUGGUCCAGAGACUCGAAGCCAUCUUUCCACGGUAUCCAUGA